AUGAAAACCAUACUUGACAGUCACUUCUUCGAUGAAACUGAAAAAUUUUUUGAAGCGAUAGAGCCUUAUCUUAUUUCUCUUGAAAACAAAAAGAAACCACAACCUGCAACAAUAGAAGGAGAUACUUAUAAAAGAAUUGAUAACAAAAGAAAAGAAUUCGAUGAAAUAAUAAAAGAAAUAAAACAAACAACAGAAUUUAUCGCAUUUUGUGAUUACCUUAGUGACAAAUUAAAGUGGUAUGUUGAAAAUCAAUUGAAGAGAGCUAAAGAAGUAAAAGAAGAUAUUAUGGAUGAUAUUGAAACCUCAUCUACUAAAGACAAAACAGUUAACUCUAAAGAGCUUUUAAAAUUAUGUCCCAAUACUGAUCUCAAUAAUAUAAUUCCAUGGAAAACUAAAUCAAAUACUCAAACAAAAACAAAGAAAACAAAAAAAACAAAGAAAACAAAAAAAAAUAAUAAAGUUAUUGAUGAUAGUGAAAUUAAAUUAUUACAAAGUGAUUGCCUUAAAAAAUGGACUGGAAAAAAACAAUGUGAAGAAAUUUAUAAUUCAGAAAAAUUAAAAUUUGAUGGUAAAGAAAUUAAUGAAAAAAUAAAAGGUAAAAAAAAUUUAGCAUUUGUUGUAAUGAAUGAAAGUGAUAUGUUUGGUUGUUAUUUAGAGGAUAAAGUUGAUUUUGAUCAUUGGAUUUAUGAUGAACAUCAUUUUGCUUUUAGUUUUGCACAUAAAGGUGAAUUAAGUAAUGUUUGUGUUUAUCCUAAACAGAAAGUAGGAAUGAAGUUAAAUAGCAAUAAUUCUCAAAUACUAUUUUCAUUUGGAAAUGAAGAAACUGGAAAUGUUACAGUUAGUACAUUAAAAGAAUAUGGAGAAACCAAAACUAUUAAAGAAUGUUAUGAAUUUAAAAAUACAAAUGAUAUUUUUGAUUCUAAAUUUAAAGUAGAACAAAUUAUUAUCUAUGAAUUAUUAGACUAA